GUUAGAUCCGCUAAUACAUAUGUUCCCUAUUUUAAAAGGUAAGGGACUGUAAAUGUCAGCAUUAUCAUGUAAAUCUUUGAAGGAUGCCGAGUGAAACAGGAGCUUUUUCCGUCAGUUCGCUCUGAUUGAAGAUCUGCCGAGGAGCACUGUAGAAACGACUAGCAAUGAAGAUGAAAAGCUGUCUGAUAUGUCAGAUCAAGAGGGAUUUUAUGAGCAGUUAGCUGAUUUUGACUACUCUCCUGAUGACGACACCGUCCCUGAUCUCCAGAGAAGUGCUCCUGAAACAACUAGCUAUGAAGGGGACGAAACGUUAUCUGAUAUGUCAGAUCAAGAGGGAUCUUAUGAGCAGUUAGCUGAUUUUGACUACCCUAUUGACAGCGACGACGAAGGCAACGACGAAAAUGAUGUCACUGAUCUACAGGAGAGCGGUGUUAAACAAGGACAGUUAGUAAACUCAUCUGUAGAAGUCUGGGAUGAAAUAUCCCUAAAGCUGAGGUGUGGGGAUGGUUUUAUGAAGUUGCAACUCAUUGGUUCGGAUGUGGACCAAGUUGAGCUUUGUCGAGGUAGUUCUGCAUCUGUUCCUCUUGGCCAUUUGCCAACUGAUUGUGGACACACUUCACCCACUCAUGGUGGUCUUAUUUUUGAGACACCCUAUGAUGGAUGUGGUGUUGCACAACAGGGAGGGAAUUAUGUCAUGCAGAUGCUAUUGCAGGGAAACCCUGUGGUCAUUUCUUGCCCAAUGACCUCCUCUGUUGCGAAUAUGACUACGUCUGGACAUCAGCCUGCUAGAUUUCUUCUUUUCAACUCACAAUCUGGUUACGCCAACAAGUUUUGGCAAUACUAUUACCCUCAUAACCAUCAUGGCUGGCCAAAACCAGACCCAACAUCACCUCCAACCACCACAUCAGAUGUUGUAUAUGAACCGACUCAGAAACCCAGACCUCCUGGUUACCAAAAUAGGUUUUGGCCAUACUAUUACCCUCAUUACAAUUAUCACGACAGGCCGAAGCCCGCCUACGAACCGGUUCCAACAUUAGCUCCAACCAUCACACCAGCAGUUGCCCAUGCACCGCAACUUCCUGCAAACCCCCAUCUGUUUUGGCCAUACUACUACCCUCAAUACCCAAUGCAACCUCCCAAACCUCAAAGCCCCACCGUCCCACCUUUAACCACCCCCCCUCAACCCUGCGCCACCACUGUAGCCUUAUGUUGAGUCUCACAGGUACUCUUCUGGGCUUUAUGAAAAAGACCCCUUUGCACUUCAAUAUGUAAAUAGGUUUGAACAUGAUCCGUAGUCUUUCCCAUUUAGAUUUUAACAUGUGAUGGCUGAGAACAGUUAUUUUCAAUCAGGUUAGUAAUAUAUAUUUGGGUUUCAUCAACAUUGCAACCUGCUUUUGGUUCAUGCUAAUUUUCUUUAUUUUCUAUUGUUGGGAAUGACUGGAAAGCUGUUAAGGACCUGCUG